AUGUUCUACUAUUUCUUUCUGUCUCUUUUGACUUUCUUUCUUUUAUAUUCACCUUGGUCUGGUGUCCAGUAUUUAUUUAUUUCUGUUCUCCUGUCUAUUCUUUCUUUCUUUCUUUCUUUCUUUCUUUCUUUCUUUCUUUCUUUCUUUCUUUCUUUCCCUCUUGCUCUGUUCUUUUGUGUAUUGUUUGUUUGUUUCUUUCUUUCUUUUACCUUGCUCUAUUCUCCUAUCUAUUCUUUCUUUCUUUCUUUCUUUCUUUCUUUCUUUCUUUCUUUCUUUUCCACUUGCUCUGUUCUUUUGUCUAUUGUUUGUUUGUUUCUUUCUUUCUUUUACCUUGCUCUAUUCUCCUAUCUAUUCUUUCUUUAUUUCUUUCUUUCUUUUUACUCCUCUGGCUCUGUUCUCCUGUCUAUUAUUUCUUUCUUUUGUAUUUCUUGUUCUCUUCUCCAGCAUAUUCUUUCUUUCUUUCUUUCUUUCUUUCUUUCUUUCUUUCUUUCUGUGUUUGUUUCUAUCAUUCUUUUUUUUUAUUUUCCUCUUCUCUAUUCUUCUGUGUAUUGUUUGCUUGUUUCUUUUUAUUCCCUCAUUCUGUUUUCCUUUCUUUCUUUCUUUCUUUCUUUCUUUCUUUCUUUCUUUCUUUCUUUCUUUCUUUCUUUCUUUCUUUUCCUCUUGCUCUGUUCUUUUGUCUAUUGUUUGUUUGUUUCUUUCUUUUCUUUUUCUCUAUUCUCCUAUCUAUUCUUUCUUUCUUUCUUUCUUUCUUUCUUUCUUUCUUUCUUUCGUUCUUUCUUUCUUUCAUUCUUUCUUUUCUACUUGCUCUGUUCUUUUGUCUAUUGUUUGUUUGUUUCUUUCUUUCUUUUACCUUGCUCGAUUCUCCUAUCUAUUCUUUCUUUCUUUCUUUCUUUCUUUCUUUCUUUCUUUCUUUCUUUUUUCUUUCUUUUUCAUUCUUUCUUUUCCACUUGCUCUGUUCUUUUUGUCUAUUGUUUGUUUCUUUCUUUCUUUCUUUUACCUUGCUCGAUUCUCCUAUCUAUUCUUUCUUUAUUUCUUUCUUUCUUUUUACUCCUCUGGCUCUGUUCUCCUGUCUAUUAUUUCUUUCUUUUGUAUUUCUUGUUCUAUUCUCCAGUAUAUUUUUUCUUUCUUCCUUUCUUUCUUUCUUUCUUUCUUUCUUUCUUUCUUUCUUUCUUUCUUUAA